CAUGAGAUCAAGCUCGUUGCCGAGAAUGGUGUCGUGAAAUAUGUCCCGGACCGAAUCGAUGCUGAGGUGGGAGAUGUGGUCAAGUUCCGGUUCUUCGCCGCCGCCCACAGCGCGACUCAGUCGACCUUCGACACGCCUUGCACACCCCUCCAACAUGGCUUCGACACUGACCUCAUCCCGAAUCCCAACAACGUCGAAAGCGCCGAGUUUGAACGCCUGUUCCACGUGAAAGACAAGAAGCCGACAUGGUUCUACUGCAAGCAGCCGAACAAGAACCACUGUGGUCAAGGAAUGGUCUUCGGCAUCAAUCCCAAUGGCAAGAUGGACGAGUUCAUCCAGCGUGCGAAGGACCAGAACGGCGCCCUCGUUGAUGCCCCUCCACCACCCACCGACACGGCACCGCCUCCUGCUACGGCCACCGUUGUUGUGUCUGGCGGCUUCAACCCCGAUGGAUCCAACAACCUCCAAUUCACCCCCCCGUUCCUCCCGACGGUGAAGAAGGGCGAGAAAGUCGUCUUCGACUUCCGCAAGCUGAACCAUACCCUCACGGAAUCCACGUUCUGGAACCCGUGCGUGAAGAAAUUCGGAACUGACAUCGACACGGACUUCCAAAACUUCAACCCCGAUGACGUGCCGCUGAAGACCCCCGCGACGGUUGAGUUCACGUCCGAUAAACCCCGCUUCUUCUACUGCAAGCAGGCGAACGGCACCCCCAACGGCCACUGCAGCAACGGCAUGGUGUUCGCGGUUAAUGUCAACGACUACACCUUCCAGGCGUUCCAGAGGAAUGCGCAGGCCACUCUGCCCCGGAUCAAGGGUCGAUCUCCUUUG